AUGCCAUACCUUCGAACACGCCCAGUCAUUCCAUCUCAUGUCAAAGACCAUUUAAUUAGAAUUUUAGGAAUCUCGAAAAAUCCAUCAACUCAAAAAUAUGUAAUCAUGAUGCAAUUUGCAAAUAAUGGAAAUCUUCGAAAUUAUUUGAAAAAAAAUUAUUCAAUCAUAACAUGGGAUAGAAAGUUACUUAUAUUGCAAUAUAUAGCGGGAGGGUUAAAGAGUUUGCAUGCAUUAGGAUUAAUACAUAAAAAUCUUCACAGCAAUAAUAUUUUAUUACAUGAAGAAAUUCCAUUAAUUGGAGAUUUUGGUCUUUGUCGUCCCGUAGAUAAAUUCGAUGAAAAAGAAGAAAUUUAUGGUGUUUUACCUUACGUAGCACCCGAAGUUUUACGCACUAAAGUAUAUACAAAGGAAUCCGAUAUUUAUAGUUUUGCAUUUAUAAUGUGGGAAAUGUGUACCUACCUCCCUCCAUUAUGCGAACGAUCUCAUGAUACAAAUUUAGUUUUGGAAAUUUUUCAUGGACUAAGACCAAAGAUUCUGGAAGGAACUCCACGAACUUUUGCGAGGUUUAUGAAAUUAUGUUGGGAUACUAACCCUUCCAAAAGGCCCACAGCGGAAGAGGUCUAUAAUACCCUCAAGUACUGGCAAAUGGAAUUUUCUCAGAAAAGACCUACGGAAUGUUACACCGAUUUCAAGGCCGCUGAUGACUGGAAAAAAAAGAAAUUAUUAAAUAAUCCAAACAUACCUUGUACUAACCACCAUCCAAAUGCCUAUUACAAGAGUCGUCCUUUACAACUUCCGGAUGCUAUUAUUAAUGAUUUUACUUCGAAUCUAAAUUCGCAUCUCGAAAAUUUUGCACGUGGUGAGAAAGUAUUUACUGUCAAACAUUUUGUUUAA